ACUUUUUAUUUUAUUUUAUUUUUAUUUUUACUUUUGGGUCCUCUCGGAACAAAGAGGCUGCGAAGACAUUAGGCUCGGGUCGAUCUAUACCCAAUUAGAACUCCGACACUCUACUAUGAGAAAACCUUAAAGCAAAAUAUAGAAAGAAACACGAGGAAAACGAAGACGAAGAAGAAACAAACCCACAUCCUCGUCCCUGAUCUAUUUUGCCGUUAUCUCUCUGCCUCUCUAUAGCCAUCCUUCUCUCGCAUAGCUGCAGCCUGCAGCUGCGGAUCUUGAUCAAGACCCAAGGAAAUAAAGUGUGAAUCCGAAGUGUGAUUUUGUGUCUUCAACGUUAGCUGUUUGAACAACUUUGUGCCCACUGUGUGAAGCUGCGUAAUAUCAUACUGCACACGGGAAGAUAAUAUUGUUGACAUUAAUCAAUAAAGCGGUCCAAUGGGUGAGACUGUAAGAAAGCGCAAAAGUUUGUGGGAUGCAGAAGAAGAUACUUCUCUUCAUGUUGAGCCAAAUGAUAAAAAUGCAUGGUCUGGAAAGGGACAGUACCCUAGUUAUCAGGAAAACAGUGCUUCAAAAACUGAUUUCUUAUCACCACAAAAUGUUCCCCAGGAGAGUCAUAGGAGCAGCCAACAUGGGGAACGAGUUCCAGAAACUGAAGAAGCUGAUGGGAAAAAAGACUUAUAUAGAAGCAUGUCUCCAAGUUUUGAUGGACGGGGGAAGCAAAGGGGUUGCCGGUCCCCUGAUCACCGAUCAAGCCAAUCCCGCAGGCACCCUGCAAGAGACAGGAGCAGGAGCAGGGGAAGGGGAGAAGGCAGGAGCAGAAGUCCCAGUAGGAGAAGGGACCGAGCUAGGUAUCAGGUGCAGAAAAGGAGUGGAAGUAGAAGCAGGAGCAGGAGCAGGGAUAGGGGCAACAUGAAAGCCAGAAGCAGGAGUCGCAGUCCUUCCCAUAAUUAUAAAAGUGAUCCACAUGGAUGGGGUGAUAGACGGAAUGGGUCUCGAAUAUCAUCACAGACCUGUAGAGAUUUUGCCACUGGGAAGUGUAGAAAAGGUAGUGAGUGUAGGUUCCUUCAUCCAGAUAACUUAAAGAGUACAGAUGGAUUUCAGUUAGAGGAUGAAUUGGCUGAAACGUUGGGUAACAGGCUAGAGCAUGGACAUGUCUCAAGAUGUGCUAAUAGUGAAGGUCAUGAGAUCCGGGAUGAGCUUCCUGAUGCAUAUGAUAUAGAGCAUGAUCAAACUAGGAAACGGAACAGAGUUAUGAUCACUUGUAAGGAUUUCAUUAAAGGCAAGUGUCACUGGGGUGCAUCAUGUAAAUUCUUACAUGCUGGCGUUUCUGGUGAUAACUAUGAAAGAGGUGUUAAGAAUGCAUCUCUCAAUUAUGUUCAGGAGCGUGAAUCAACUAAAAGCACUAAACCGCUGUGCAAGUAUUUUGCAGCUGGGAAGUGCUUUCAUGAAAACUGCAAAUUCUCUCAUGAUGGUCCCACCCCUAGCUAUAUUGAAACUAGACCCUCUGACAAUAUAGGUGGGUGCAGAUUGGAUGGCAAGAAUAAACACCCGAGUGGCCCAAAUUGGGAUGAUGCACAAAGGGACUCAAACCUUUCCCAAAUUGGGAUACACCCAAAAAGAUUUAUGGCUUCCCCAAAUGGUAGAGACGCAAACACUUCUGGAUCUGUUCUGGAAAAAUUAACAGACAGUGAGGAACAGACGGAUGGAAGUUCUCAUGUUUAUGAACAGGGUAAAACACAAGAAGCUUCAGGCGUUAAUCUUUCCAACACAGUCAUGAAACCUGAAAUGUCUUCGAAUUCUUUUGUUAUGCCAUAUACUUCUGAGGACAAGGGUAAAUUUGGGCCUAAUGCACUACACGAAGUGAAAAACUCCAGGAACAGUGUUCAUCCGGUUUUAUUGCCUGGACAAAGCUACCAAGUUGGUGAAAAUAUGAUUGUAAGCUCUGAACCUUCUUUCUUCACCAGCUCGAAUCAGAGUAGACCGAGAAAUCAGAAAGAAGCUGCCAGUUCAACAGAUACACCAAGUAUGGAAUUCCCUCAUAAUCUUUCCACUGCCGCACUUGUCAAGCUUGCAUCUCAAAUGAAAAACUCUUCCACUUCUUCCAUGUUUAAAUUUGAAAAUGAGUCUGCAAAAUCUGAACUACAUUCAGAGGUGGUACCAUCUGAUCCCAGUUCUGCACUUCCCAUGUUCAGUGCAAAGCCUAAUCCAGAUCGAUAUCAUGCCCCUGGUGAUAGUGUUGAGUUGUGUACAUCUGGAAACUUUAUGAUGCCUCUUGUCAAUGCACCCCGUUUGGAUGAGCAGAAAACUAAGGUUCCUCUAGAAAAAUUGAAUUUAUCUGCUGUGAAUCCUGGAGCUGGAGAAAAAAAUGAAGUUGGUGGUUCAGGUGUGAUGUGCAAUAAAGAUCCACUGUUGAAGCAACGGGAGAUUUGUACAGAUUUGGAAGUCAAUGGAAACAACAAAAUAGUUGCCAACAAAUGUGAUGAUGGCCAAGAAAAUAAGCAUUCGGACAAUGUGGAAGUCCAUGGGAAGGCUGAAGAGGUAGGCGGUAAUAAAGAUGAUAAAGCAAUUCGAUUGUUCAAGAAUGCUCUUAUAGAGUUUGUUAAAGAGAUCCUAAAGCCCACUUGGAAAGAAGGCCGAAUGAGCAGAGAAGUACACAAGACUAUUGUUAAGAAGGUGGUGGAUAAAGUCACGAGUACAAUCCAAGGAGAGCACAUCCCAAAGACGCAAGAGAAAAUAGAGCAAUAUCUGUCCUAUUCUAAACCCAAACUCUCCAAACUUGUACAGGCAUAUGUUGAGCGAUGUCUGAAGGCACCCGAUGCCUGAAACUCCCUAUUUGGUCUGUGCAUUUCAUAUCUAUUUUGAAUAUUUCACCUAAGUUGGAACUGUGAAAAUUGAAGUUUAUCGCACCCUUGGGGUGGAGUUAGCCUGAAGUUCCCGGAUACUUUUGUAUAUAUAUAUUGAUAUAUUCCUUUUGUCUUUUUAGUUAAAAUCCUUGUGGUUUAACCUU